AUGAAAUUCGACGAACUCGGCCUGCACGAGGGCAUCAUGGAAGGAAUCGAAACGAUGAACUUCAAAGAGAUGACCCCCGUUCAGGAACAAACUAUUCCCAUUAUUCUCGAAGGAAAAGAUCUGAUCGCUUGCGCUCAGACCGGCACCGGCAAAACGGCCGCCUAUACGCUUCCGUUGUUGGACCGUUUGCUGCACGAGGGCAAUCCGGACAAUGUGGUGAAAUCGCUGAUCGUAGUUCCCACGCGCGAGCUGGCGCAGCAGAUCGAUAUCCAGUUUCAGGGUUUUUCCUACUUUUUACCCCUUUCGACGACGGUCGUUUACGGCGGUGGCGACGGUAUCGGCUGGAGUCAGCAGAAACAGGGGAUGAUCAUGGGCUCCGACAUCGUGAUCGCUACGCCCGGACGCCUGCUGGCCCAUAUUCAGAACAGCGGGGUGGAUCUGUCGCACAUCGUCGCCGAGUUGCCCGCCCAGCGGCAGACCGUGAUGUUCUCGGCGACGCUUCCUCCGAAAAUCAGGCAGUUGGCCAAACAAAUCCUGCGCGAUCCGUCCGAGGUGAACAUCGCCAUAUCCAAACCCAACGAGGCGAUCAGCCAAGUGGCUUACGUAUGUUACGAAAACCAGAAAAUCGGAAUUAUCCGCGAAUUGUUCGCCCGGCCUUCGGGGACGAAAACGAUUAUUUUCUCGUCGUCGAAGCUGAAGACCAAAGAGCUGGCGCGCACGCUGAAGCAAAUGAAGCUGAACGUCGGCGCGAUGCAUUCCGAUCUGGAACAGGAGCAGCGAGAAGCGGUGAUGCUCGAUUUCCGCAACGGUAAGAUCGAUAUCCUCGUGGCUACGGACAUUGUGGCGCGCGGAAUCGACAUCGAGGAUAUCGAUUACAUCCACCGGAUCGGUCGUACGGCCCGUGCGAGUGCGACCGGUACCGGGAUCACGUUCGUCAGCGAACAGGAACAGGAUAAAUUCCAGCGGAUCGAGAAGUUUAUCGAGCGGGAGAUCGAAAAGCUGCCGAUUCCCGAACGGCUCGGCAAAGGGCCGAAAUACGAUCCGGCGGCUUGCGAUCGGCGGGGGAGCCGUCGCAAUUUCCAUGGUCGGGGCCGCGUAAAGGGAGCGGAAGUUCCGACCGAGGAGUUCCGGAGUCAUUACGAGCAGGCUGUCGAACAGAGACGCGCCGAUGCGCAGGAGGUGAAAAGUUCCGGUCCGUUGCAAUUCGUCGUGGACGUGAUCCCCGAAAACGUCGUGCAGGCGGCCGGCGACAACACAGCCAUGUUGCAGUUGAUCCUGCUGUCGAUCGUAUUUGGCGUGGCGAUGGUGGCUGUCGGAAAGGAGAAAUCCGCGCCGGUGAAAAACCUGAUCGAAUCGCUGAACGGAUUAUUCUGA